AUGUCAUUCACCUUUGUAUUUGGUUCCUCCAUACUGCAGUUUGGAUUCGGCUCGGAGCUCAACUACGCGACGUGCUCAGCAGCAACUUUUCUCUGUCUCGGCGCAUAUGUGGCGACCAAAGUGUUCAUAUACCUAUUUCUGGUCGAUCGAGUGCACAUUGUUCGAGAUUCGAGUAAAUCCCGUCUUCGAUCCAAGCUAUACCUGGUCAACUCUUUCGGCAUGAUGGGGGUAUAUAUAAUCAUUGUGAUUCUGAACUUUACCUUUCGUAUCACGGAUUACGAUAGUGGAAUGUGUGUCAUUGGCAUGAAACAGCCCGUCAUGAUACCCCUGAUCACAUUCGACGCCUUUGUCAACGUCUACCUCACUCUUCUCUUCCUUAUCCCAUUAUUAAUCCAGCUGCACUCGGUGAGCAUGCCGAGAACGGCACCAAAUAUUAGGCUUCAGAGGCUGGCGAUGAGAACCUUUAUCGGCUCCUGCUGCACACUCGUGAGCAGCGUCACUAAUCUCACCGUCCUGACCGUGUUGAAUGGCGAGGUUUCGUGGCUAUGCCUGAUGUGCUGCAACAGCGACAUCCUCUUCUCGGCGAUCGUAAUACAAUGGGUAACGGCAAACGACCACGCCGCAUCGAGAAAGGUGGAAAACAGGCCAUCGAGACCCAGGACGGAUCCCAUGUCCGUCGUGACGGGCUCCUCGGACGAGACGGCCGUUGCGUUCUUGGGCAGGGCGCAGGCCAAGUCGCCGAGUUGGGAGCCGUCGCUGGAGGGGAGAUAUACCAGAUCAGACAUGGUGAGGUCAGAAGUUGCGAGGCCAGAUGAAGGAAAGCGGCGAAAUUCAAUAUCUUGA